AUGGUCGCGCCUAAUGAAGGUCGCGUAGGAAGCAUGAAGGGGUACUCCCACAUCCACGACGAACCACCAGAACCAGGCAGCAAUGGAUAUCUGGAUUGGGAAGAAACCGAUCUUAUAGUUUUCUAUUGGAUCGUCGAUAGCAUCGAAAAUGAUAUUAUCGCCGACUUUGCUUACCACCAAACAUCCAAAGCUCUGUGGGACAAUCUCGCAAUCACGUUCGAGAGCAAGGCGGAUCCGUAUCUGGUAUACGACCUGGAGGACAAAAUAAUUUCAAUUAGACAAGGGAACCUUGACCUUGAGACGUAUUACCAUCGACUCCACGGAUUGUGGGUCAAUGUUGAUCGAAGUCAAAAGCAACCCGUAACGUGUUGCGAUAAGGGGAUCGAGCAAUAUCGGCAACACGCGAGCGAGAAACGGCUCAUCAUAUUUCUCACAUGA